AUGUCAGAUCCCCUACUGAUAAGCGUAUCUGGACAACCUAUGUUGCCGGAAGUCCCAACUUUGUGGGGUCAUGUGCCUAUGGCCCACAUGGAAGAUAUCAAUACACUCAGCUGGCAUCCUGAUUGUGAACGGCAUGUCGAAUCAGAUCCGGUCAAUCUCGGAAAGACCAAACGUUUGUGCACAGCCGGCGAUGAUGGAAUAAUUCGUUUCUGGUCCAUUCCACUUGCCAUCACUGCCAAUGGUUCGGAAGUGGAGGUUGAUUAA